AUGGCUGAUCUCAAGGAUCACUACGACGUGGUAAUCUGUGGCGGAGGCCCAGUGGGCUUGUUGACGGCCUAUGGCCUGCAACGCAUGGGCAUCGAAACCUGCGUCGUCGAACGACUCGAAAAGCAGAAACUGCCCAUGUAUGGCCGCGCAGCUACACUGCUCCCCCGGACAUUGGAAAUGCUCGACCAGUAUGACCUUCUCACGCACCUAAGACAGGAGGGAUUCGUGACGAGGAGUGGCGUCAACUACGAUAAGGACGGGAGAAGAGACAAUACGCGGGGCCUGCGGUCCGUCUUUGACGCCAUGCAAGGUCAAACAUUUCUGAACUAUGUGCUUAACAUCCGAUUAAAGUACACGGAGGACAUUGUGAAGGCCGAGUAUGAGAAAAUCGGUGGACUUGUUGCUGGUGGGUGGGAGGUGAUGGGUUUGACCACCCAGAUCGAUCAAAGGGGGGAAGGGCGUCCGGUCAAGGUCGAAGUCAAGAAUGUCAAUACUCUAGAGACGCGGGCACUUGUUGGAGAUUACCUUGUCGGCGCCGAUGGUGCCCGCUCCACUGUCCGCCACCUCUCCGGGGUCGCGUCGAUCAAAGAUAGCUCUACCCUCCGCUGGGUACGUAUCGACGGCGUCGUGGAGACCGACAUGCCUGACUCCCGCCAAGGGUUUGCGACGCUGGAAUCUCCCAUACACGGCCAAGUGCUGUUCGCUGCGCUAGACCACGGCACUACGAGGGUGGGAUUCUCGCUUUCGCAGGAGUUGAUGGAUAAAUACGGCGAAAACAUGACGCUGGAGCAGGUUGUCGAGGAGGCGAAACUAGCCCUCAAGCCGUUUACUUUGGACUUCAAAUGUGUGGAUUGGUAUACAGUGUACAACGUGCGACACUCCCUCGCGGAUACUUUUGUCAAGGACAGGAUCCUCCUCGCGGGCGACGCCUGCCACAGCCACUCCUCGGGGACGGCGCAGGGCAUGAACACAGGCGUGCAUGAUUCGUUCAACCUCACAUGGAAACUCGCCGGUGUGCUGAAGGGAUGGUACCACGCCUCGAUUUUGGAGACGUACAACGGCGAACGGCGGCCCAUCGCGCAGCAGCUGAUCGAUUUGGAUAAGACAUUUUCCAAACUGAUUUCUGGAACUGUUCCACCUGAGUUGGUCGUCGCGCGCGGCGGCCUCGCGAUGGACCCGAAUGUGCUAUUGGCCAAGGUGCUCGAGGACAACAUCCAGUUCACCAUCGGCCUGGGUAUUGGGUAUGGCAAGAACGCGCUGAACGUGACCACCAAGUCGGCCACGCUCCCCUGCGGCCGGCGCGCCCCCGAUGUCGCCGUCCACGCACCCGGCGCGAGCAUUCCCACGAGGCUACAGACGGUCAUGAAGAACGUGGGUUUAUUCUGGGUUGUCGUGUUCGCGGGCGAACCGCUCCUGACUGGGGAGAAAGUGCGGGAUCUGAGAGGUUAUCUUGACGGUGACGACAGCAUGACCAAGAGGCAUGCCAAUAAAAUGGUGUUCUUGACCAUCAUCGCAGGGAACAAGCCCCAGGCCGACGAAGCCCUGGGCGUAAGCCGGUUUGGGGACGCAUACUACGACCACGACUCGAGCGCGCAUGACAGGUAUGGGGUCAGCGUGGAACGGGGCGCCGUGGUCGUCAUCCGUCCGGACGGCAUUGUGGGCUUUGCGACGGCCCUGGAAAGUGGGCCGGAUUUGGGUGAGUACUUUGCGAGGUUUCUACUCUAA